UCCGUUUUAUGAUCCACCUAUUGAUGUGGAACGGUGUUAGACAUUGUAGUUAAAACUUAAAACUUUAACAUUUUUUAAAUCCUUUUUUUAUUUAAAAUUCCACGCCCCCACCCCUUUUUUUUAACAUGUAGACCACACUGGACGAGGUCCGGAUCAAAAACCACUACACUUAGACUGGUCAAAUAUAGAUUAGAUUAUCCAAUAGAGGCUGAUGACUCCUUAAAACAUAGUUACAAAUUUUAGCUUGGUUCUAUUUGUGAAAUCGCAAAAAUAUCGAUUUUACUGCUUUUUUUUUUAAACAUCUAGACCACAUUGGACCAUAUCUUUCAAAACCACUAUGCUUAGACUUGACAAAUCUGGACCGGAUUAGCCCAGGAAGGUUUAAGAAUCUUUACAAUUACAAAUUUUGGAAUUAUUUGUGAACAUCACUUUUCAAGCUCAAAAUCUUACUGACCCUAAUUUGAGCCCAUAACCUUCAGCUUGUCUGGGAAAAUCUAGUCCACAUUUGUCAAGUCUAAGUGUAGCGGUUUAUGAUAUAGACCUGGUCCGAUGUGUCCGAUAAACAAAGGUUUCACAAAAUUUGAAAGUGGGGUUCAGAAAGCGUCCACGCUUUAACUUUAAAUGUGUAACACCAUUUCACAACAGUAAGAGGCGGAAAGAACGGGGAAUCGGUCGCUCCCUUAACGUUCCCCUCAGCCACCGAGUCGGAAGCUAGCUUCAGCGUCGUUAUGAGUACGUUAGCUAGGUAGCUAAAGUAGCAGCGGGCUACCCAGACACUUAUCUAUGUCUGUUUAGCUUAGCUUAGGCUAAGCUAUCGUUAUCAAGUUCACAUUAUGGAAGUUUUACGUCCAGUUCUGAUCAAUGUGAAUGGAAGAAUAUACCGAAGAAACAUGCUUAAGGAAGAACAUUAUGAGGAAGAAGAGGAUUUCUCCUACAUGGGACCGACAGAGAGUGAAGAGCUUGCAGCAGAUGAAACCUGUGAUACCCACGUCAUUGAACAGACUGAUAAAGGAUACCGCUGUGCCAUUGACGUCCCAAGUGUUCUUUACAAAUACAUCAUUGGGAAAAAAGGAGAGACACGCAGACGUCUAGAGUUCGACACAAAGACAUCUAUCAGCAUACCAAAACAAGGAGUGGAGGGACAGAUUGUUAUCACAGGUUCCCACAAAGCUGCAGUCUCGUCUGCAGUCACACGAGUUGAGGUCCUUGUUGACAGUUUCCGGAGAAAGCAGCCUUUCACACACUUCCUGUCAUUCCCUCUGAAUGAUCCCAAAAUUCAAGAAGGAUUCCUAAAAUUUAAAGAUGAGGUGUUGCAGCAGUGUUCACAGGAUCAUGGAUUAGAGGGAAGCAUCUUUCAGAACCCUGCAAAGCUUCACCUGACAGUCGGCACCAUGGCUCUGUUAAAUGAGAUGGAAGUGAGAAAAGCAUGUGAACACCUCCAAGAGUGUCAAAACUUCAUCAGAGACAUCACAGAGGGAAAACCUCUGCCCUUGGAGGUGACAGGCAUAGAGUACAUGAAUGAUGACCCAGCCAUGGUGGAUGUCUUGUAUGCCAAAGUCAAUGUGAAAGACGGAUCUGACAAGUUGCAGGUGAUUGCAGACCGACUGGUAGAGCACUUUGUCUCUACAGGGCUGAUGGUCAGAGAGUGGGACAGAGUGAAGCUGCAUGGCACCGUGAUAAACACUGUGUUCAGAAAGGACUCCACAGUUGAAGACGCCGGAGGCGCAGGAAGACACACCGUGAGUGAAAGAGAGGCUUUUGAUGCCAGACGCAUAUUAAAGAAAUUUGGUGCUUACCAUUUUGGAGAGUUUGAGCUGAGCAAUGCCCUGCUGUCCCAGAGAUACUCAACAGAUUGUACAGGUUACUACACCUCUGCAGGCAGCAUCAGCUUCUCAUGAGCUACCACAGCUGAGCAUAUUCUGAGGUCAUUGAUGAACAUGGCAGCAGGACAGAAAGUGUUUACUGAUCUUGGCUGAUGAAGGAGCCCUCGGCUGACAUUAAAGCACUAUGGGAAACAAGUUUCCAUCAGAUGAUGAACAUGAAUGGACUUACAACAAAUUGUCACUGCAUCGUUGCUGCAUCUUUUGUUGAAAUGAGUUGGAAAAUAACCAUUCGUUUGGCUUGUGUUUUCCUUCAUGGUGGCAGGAGGCGCUACAUUUUAACGUUCUGUAUAAAUUUGGCAGAAAUAAAGAAAUG